GCAGUGCCGCUGCUGCUGCUGCUUCCCAUGUUGCUGCAGCAGCAGCAGCAGCAGCAGCAGGGGUACUGCCCUUUACCGAGACUGUGGGGUGCAGCUGCCAUGGGACGUCGCGGGGGGGCACCGGCAGCCUUAGGGUCUCAUGCGGCACCUGCAGCAGCGGCUAGAAAGCCUCCGAACCAGAAGCAGCCUCUGCAACCAGCCAGCCUCACCUGUUCUGCUCCUUCCUGCGUACACAAGCCGCAGCUCCUCGAUCAGGCCCUGCAGUCUCAGCAGACUGCUGUUCGGGUGAGUGCCAUAGAGACCCUUUCGUCUGAGCAGGACGGCUGGAGAAUUCGGCUGUACGUGCACACGACACAUCCUCUGCCUCUGAACACCGUUCUUGCAGCCCAUCCCAUGCAGCACCAGCAGGGGCAAGCGCAGCAGCAGCAGGCUGCCGCAUGCACAGGGCCCCCUUUCGCGGUGUCUGCGCCAGCAGCGGAGGCCCCUACGGCGAGCACGAGGAGGAGGAAAUUCCAGCAACUGCAGCCGCAGAAAUUGGGGGCGGGGGGGGGAAGUCGGAACUACCAUUACUACUUCUCUCUUGCAGCCCACCCCGAUGCAGCAGCAGCAGCAGCAGCAGCUACGGCCGCACCUCUGAGAAUCCUAGCGGAUGUUGCAGCGCACCAGCUGCAGCACAAGGGGGCUUCUUUGGAUCUCCCGAUUUCGUUGCUGCUGCUGCAACGCGCUCAAAACCUGCCUGCGGAAGUAGCGGCGAGGGCUGCUGUCGCUGUUGCUGCUGCUGCUGCGAAGACACCCUCUCUGCUGACAGCAGCAGAGGACGUGUAUUCUUCCGGAGACUUCGAGGCUCGAGGAACUACCGCCUGCCGUCGAAGGGGGAAGGCCUCCUGCUGGAGGCAUCCCUUCACUCCCUUGCUGCCUGAAGGUGUGCUGACUCGGCAGUUUACAGGCGCCCCUGCAGCAGCCACAACAGACUAUGACCAGUCCGCUGAGCCGCUGCAUGCUUCUCUGUGCCUUCACUUCGGAGGUGAGGAGAGGCCUCCACUGCCCGUAGCGCAGGUGUCAAUAAUUGGUGAACCUUCGACUCAGAGUCGCCAGGAACUGCAGCACGCACACGAGACACAGCAGCAGCGCGCAUCGCUUAUGGGGGCGACCCGAGAAAGCCACAGCGGCUUGAAGGCGCAACAGCAAGAAGAGCAACAGCUGCAUCAACAGCAGCAAGAACAGCAAGAAGAGCAACAAUUGCAUCAACAGCAGCAAGAACAGCAAGAAGAGCAACAAUUGCAUCAACAGCACGAGCAACAAUUGCAUCAACAGCAGCAAGAACAGCAAGAAGAGCAACAAUUGCAUCAACAGGAGCAGAAACAGCAAGAAGAGCAACAAUUGCAUCGACAGCGACAAGAGCAACAAUCUCAUCAACAGCAAGAUCAACAGCGACAAGAGCACCAACAACAACAGCGAGUGGAGGAAGGCGCAGUUCUUGGUGCCUUGAGAGACAUCAUUUGCGAGCUUUUAAGGCCAUUUAUGGCUGCUGGAGAGGCAGCGGCAGCAGCUACAUCAGAAGCGCAUCCGCUAUUGCUGUUGGGAGCUGCCGGUUGCUGUGCAUCAGCUGGUGUAGCUUGGGCGAUUAGCCGCUCUGGCAGAAGUACCGCCAACCGAUGUACAGGCCCCUGCUGCGCUGCUGAAGCAGCAACACUCAGACAUCCUGCGCCUAACGCCCCCAUUGCAACUGUCCUAUCGGCAGAUCAACUUUGGCAAGGUAUGGCUCUUCCGCAGCAGCCGGAAACAUGGCAACCCAGAAAGAGAGGAGCGGCUGCAGCUGCAGCGGCAGCCGCUGCGGCUGCCGGCCUCGUUCCCAGCCAGGUCGUGUAUGACAGCGUGUGGCUGCCAGCAGAGAGCGGAUGGUAG